CCCGCCAUCACGAACGGUAAAAAAAAAAAAAACUCUUCAAAAGUAUUGCAUGGAGCAUUCAAUCACAUUGCUCAAAUGACUAUGAACUCCAAAGAAAUGCUACCCUUCUCUUUGAUCUCAAAAACCCAUCCCCAGACCGAAGCACUCCUCUCUCUCAUCCACCAAACCCGAUACCAGAUAAGCCCCAAAUCCGCCGUUGCCAUCCUCUUGAAAUCCAAUUCAAACCCUGCCCACCUCAAACAAAUCCAUUCCCUCCUCUUAACGACUGGCCUAACCCACAAAAACAGUCUCUUAACUCGCCUCCUCGAAAACCUUAUACGAAUCGGCGACAUUCGUUACGCCCGCAAGCUGUUCGAUGAAAUUCCCAAACCAAGAGUUUUCCUGUGGAGCACCCUUAUAAGAGCUUAUUUCAAUGACAACCUUCCCUUUGAUGCCAUAUCUCUUUAUCUUCAAAUGGGUUCGGCUAAUGUUCGACCCGAUAGCUUCACAUUCCCGUUUGUGGUCAAGGCGUGCGCUGAGGUUCUCAAUGUGAGACUUGGAAUGGCUGUUCAUGGGCAGAUUGUUAAGUAUGGAUUGCAUGAGAAUGCCAUUGUUGGAACUGAAUUGAUGGUUAUGUAUGCAAAGUUUGGGGAUUCAGAGUCGGCGGACUGUGUGUUUGAUUCUGGCGGCGGCGGUGAUGGUUUGAGUAGAGAUUUGGUUUUUUGGAAUGCUUUGAUAAGUGCUUAUGCACAAAAUGGGAAUGCGAGCAGGGCCCUUGCUUUGUAUAGGAGAAUGGAGUCGGAUGGGAUCGAGCCUGAUGCAAUCACGCUGGUGAGCGCUAUUUCGUCGUGUGCUUAUUUGGGUUGCUUGGAUUUUGGGAGGCAGCUGCAUUCUCGUGUUAAAGAGAGAGUUCGUAAUGUGUACAUAGAAAAUGCGCUUAUCGAUAUGUAUUCGAAAUGUGGAAGCAUGGAUGAGGCUAGUAAGGUGUUUUCUGAAAUGGGUGACAGACGAAAUGUUGUAUCGUGGAGUACUAUGAUUGGUGGCUAUGCUGUUAAUGGCGAUUCUGAUAAAGCUCUAUCUUUGUUCUCUAGAAUGAAGGAUGAUAACGUGAAGCCAAACUCUGUAACAAUGCUUGCAGUUCUCUCUGCUUGUAGCCACGCUGGGCUUGUUAGUGAGGGAAAGAAAUAUUUCUACAGCAUUUCUCGUCCUACAGCUGAGCAUUAUGCGACUAUGGUCGAUCUCCUUGGUCGAUCAGGGCAUCUCGAAGAGGCGUUUAGCUUCAUCAAGAAUAUGCCAAUCGAGCCUGAUGCAGCUGUAUGGGGGGCAUUAUUGGGAUCUUGCACGAUUUAUCAUGAUACUAGUAUUGGUCAGAUCGCUGCUGAUGAGCUUUAUAAAUUAGCCCCCAGCACGCCUUCAUAUCAAGUUCUUCUAUCGAAUAUGUAUGCAGUUUCAGAGAGAUGGGACGAUGUGCAUAAAAUUAGGAAACAUAUGAGAGGGAACAAUUUGAAGAAAGUUUCUGCUUAUAGUUCAGUUGAAUUGGAUGGAGAGGUCCAUGUGUUCUCUGAGGGCUCACGUUCUCAGUGUAAGGAGAUUUAUGAGAAACUCGGCGAGCUGGAUGGAAUUGUUAAGGCUAUGGGGUAUAGAGCUGAGACUGGAAUUGUUCUGCACGAUGUGGAGGUUGAGGAGAAAGAGGCAGCUCUUCGAACUCACAGCGAGAAGCUUGCCAUUACAUUCAGUCUUUUGUAUUCGAGGGGAGAUGAUGAGGGGGUUCCAUUAAGGAUUAUGAAGAAUUUGAGGGUAUGCAAUGACUGUCAUACUUUCUUUAAAUACGUAUCAAAGGCACUUGGAAGGGAGAUUAUCAUGAGAGAUAAGAAUCGAUUUCACCAUUUUAGAGAUGGUAGAUGUUCGUGCAAUGACUUUUGGUGAUUCAGAGAUCGAAGGUUAAGCUCAGUUGAAUUUCAAAUUGAAGGUACUACUUAGAGUAGAAACACAAUUUUUUGUUCCAAUGAAUUUUCAGAUUUAGUUCUAAUUUA